AUGAACACGAGUCAAAUUGAAAAAACAUCAGAAAAUGUUGAAAGUGUCGCUGACGAUCCAUUCGGUGGCGACAUUGAAGGAUACAUGGAUCAGAUGAUAAUGAAAAUAAUGCAUGCUCAUUUCACUAAGCCGUGCUUUCCUCAUAGUGCACCUGAAGUUGAUGCUCGUUUGAGCUUUGAAGAGAUCCAUGAUGUGACGAGAGUAGCUGCCGAAUCACUCCUGAAGCACAAAAGCCUCAUUAGAUUGCCUAGUGAGAGUCUUCCAGUCACGGUAGUCGGUGACUUGCACGGGCAACUCACUGACCUAAGAAAGAUCAUUGACCGAUGUGGUGAUCCCUCACGGACCACCUACAUAUUUCUUGGAGAUUAUGUGGAUCGAGGUACCCAGAAGUUUCAGGGACUGGAAUUAGCUGUUCUUCUGUUCGCUUACCAAAUUCGUUAUCCAAAUCGUGUCUUUUUGCUAAGGGGUAACCAUGAAGACAUAAAUACGACCAGUACCUAUGGAUUUUAUGAUGAGUGCAUGAUGAAAUAUGGGAAGCGUGGAGAAUUGGUUUAUCUCAUGCUAAUCAAUGCCUUUAACCAUCUUCCUUUAGCCGCACUUGUUGGUGGCAAAGUAUUGUGUAUGCAUGGAGGGUUGUCUCCUCAUAUACAAACACUAACAGAUAUUGAGAAGAUACCGCGGCCAUCGAUAAUUCCUCCGUACGGAAUAUUGUGCGACAUUGUUUGGUCGGAUCCAGAUGUCCAUCAGCCUGGCUGGUCUCUAUCAUGCCGCGGAAUAUCAUUUUCCUUUGACGAAACAGUAGUCGAGCAAUUCUGUCAAAAGCACGGAGUCGAUCUUAUCGUUCGAGCUCAUCAAAUCACAGCAGAGAUGAUCCGUGGCGGUCACAGGAUGUUUGCAGGAGGUCGGCUGGUGACCAUCUUCUCAGCUCCGAAUUAUCAGAACAUGAUGAAUGACGGCUGUGUGUUAAGGGUGAAGAAAAAUUUCCUAGUGAACUUCAUGAUUUUCCGUCCAGUUCACCGGCGGCAACAACUGAUGUUACCUCGACGUCAGCCGAUGCGAAACUAUCUUAUGAAAUAUCGGAACAGCGUCAGACGAAGAGAGCUACUAUGA